AUGCUGUCAAACAGCGUGAUUAGGUCGUACAGAGAGGGACAUCAUGGAGGGAAGGAGGCUCGUUCUAACAUCAUGAUGGACAGCGCAGAUGAUGCAGACCUUUACCAGAGAGAAGAUCAAAAGUCUCCACAGGAGUUGCAGGAGUUUCUGGCCUGGCAGCAGGAUCUGGAGAGCGACGCUAAAAAUCUAGCACAGGCCAGACCGACUGUGUUCAGGUGGGCGGGUGCAGCGAAAGACGUCUUUGUGUCCGGCUCUUUUAACAACUGGUCUACCAAGAUCCCACUCAACAAAAGCUUUAUUAAGGCGAAGUUAUUUAUUUAUUUGUUUACAUUUGAUCACUCUUUCCCAGACUUGUCCAGUUCUCCUCCUGGCCCCUACCUACAGGACGCAUAUGUAACCAAGCCAGAUGACAAACUCAAACAUCCUCCUUUCUUACCUCCUCACCUGCUGCAAGUGCUGCUCAACAAGGACACUGGUAUUUCUUGUGACCCGACACUGCUUCCAGAGCCUAACCAUGUGAUGCUAAAUCACCUGUAUGCCCUCUCCAUCAAGGACGGAGUGAUGGUUCUCAGCGCAACACACCGAUACAAGAAAAAGUACGUGACCACUCUUCUGUACAAGCCAGUAUAAUCCACGGAGGUGCGCUCCCUCCUCCUCUUUUGAAAUCAAUCUGUUGGUGUACACAGCUGCUAUCUGGACUGCUUUGCUGAAACUGGACCUAAAGCAUCUUCCUGAUAUCGGUUUAAAACAUUUGAUAAAGUUGGUGAUUUUGAACUGUUCUAUGAGCUCAAAAUUUGAAAAUGUUGAAAUGUUCAAUGUUUGCAAAUACGUGUUAUGUUAUGAGCAGGCCGGUGUUUUAAAAGACUUCAUUCCAACUUCACCCUGAUUAAUUAAUACAAGUGUGGUUGCUGGAGACCAAAAUGACGAGGACGGGGGAGAUCUGUAAUCGCUGAACUCUGACGCCAAAGCCUCAAUUUUGACGUUUGUAUUGAAGUGACCUGGAAUUGCCUGAAACUGAGACUUGAAAAAUGUUAGUUUUACCAACCAGGAGGCUAGCACAGCUGCAUCGGCUCUCCUUACGCGAGGAAAUGGACACAAAGACACUAAAAGGUGGAAAUGUAACAUGUAAUGUAUUUCAUAUGAUUCCUGUUGUUUUUUUCUUUUCUAAAAAUACAAUGUUUUUCAGAUGACACAUUAUAAAUCAGAAAUAAAAUGAAAUUUUCAUAAAAAAA